GGGGAGCUAUAAAUAGAAUACAAAUGGCGUCCGGGUAGGAAGUGGUUGACACUUUGAAUAUCUGGAGGACGUAUUUGGAUAGGCAUGUAAUAAGAAAGGUCCUGAAACAUGGAUGCCUUGUGGACUGUGCUGGUCAUCCUUCUCGUGACCCAAGUGGACAUGGUCAAGCCUCAAGGCUCUGGUCCUGAAGCUACUCAAAACUUCCAGUUUUUCAUGGACAGUACGAAAGACUGCAAUGGACCUGUGUACAAUGUGUUCGACAAGCAGGCAGUAAUAAAAGGUCAGAGUUCGGCGUCGAUACAAUCAAGUCCUCUGUCGUGUACAAUAAGGUUGAACACAGAGAACAACUUUGAGAAGACAACAUUCCCGGGUGACCGUCAACGCCAUGAACAUUGAUGAUUGUGAUGUCACUUUGGCAAUAUACGAUGGAGAACCUGGACAGCCAUUGAUAGAUUCCUACGACUGCAACAAAGGUAAAGGUCGCCCAGAAAUGUUCACGACUGGAAAGAAAGUGUCUGUUGUGUUGACCAGGCGUGACGAACGAAACACCAAAUAUGACAUUGAGUUGAUAAUUAAGCCACUUGUAGCCGGGCAGGAUCCAGGUUACGAGAAUGGCUUUGGUGAAGAUUACGGCUACUACAACCGGCUUGUCCCGAACAUGGUGAUUUACAUCAUCGUAGCGGUCUUGUUCGCCAUCAUCAUUAUAGUCAUCAUCAUCGUGGCUGUUGUGUGUCACAGGAAGCACAAAGGCUUGAACAAGCCAGCCGAGCGCUACAACAUCUCGUACAUCAACACUGGCUCCGUCCGUGGGCCAGCGAGCACCAACACCAAGAACUGGGUCAGCACAUCACGAACAUCGCUCCAGCGGGAUCAGAACCGUAAACACAGACACCACAGUGAUGAUGAUGACAGUGUGUUUAAUGAAGUGGAUUCACUGCCGAGAAAGAAGAGGUAUGAAGCUGAUCAGUCUUUCGACACAUACCAGUCCCGGGGUAGAAACAACCGACCCGAUAGACUCAGACAGGACAAGUACAGAAACCCUUCAUACGAGGAUGAGCAUCCACCGGAGAGAACUAUACAGCGAGAGAUAAUACCUCGUGUCAAAUCCAAGCCACAGAGGUAUGAGCCAGAGGAGGAAGAUGAAGCGGAAUCGAUCGGAGUUGGACCUGAUGAGGAAGAAGAUGAGGUAGAAGGACAAGAGACAGAAGAUGAAGAAGAAGCAUCUGAGGAGGAGGAAGAAGAAGAGGAGGAGGAGGAAGAAGAGGAGGAGGAAGAUGGGGAUGACCAGGAUGCUGCUGCUGAACCUUCAGAGCCUCAGCCUCACAGCUUGCCCGAACAUCCACCUCCACGUCUCGGUCAUCCUUCAAUGUCUGGGAUACCUCAACCCAUGGCCAGACAUCCUCCUGAUCAACCCCACUCCUACCCAGGAGAUCCUCGCCACAUGCCAAUGAACCCUCAACAAAUGGCUGGACCCUAUGGUCCACGUUUUGUGAUGUAUCCAAGUCAGCCUGGACCUCAGUUCAUGCCCAUGGCGCCAGGACCGGGCCACUUCCGGCCCAUUCAGGGCCACCCAAAUAUGCCCCCUCCAACAUAUCCAGGUGAUGCCCGACCGCAGCCACAGAAGCCUUAUGAAGUGAAGCCUAGUGAUCCCCCCAUCUACUCCUAUUUGGUUCAGAGAGGCUACCAGCCAGUUGAUGGGAGGGAUUCCCCUGUGAGUGUCUCCACCAAUGCCAGCGCACACUCCGACACCCGCCUCAUUCAGCCAGAAGACUCCGACAUGUCUGCCCACAAUUUGGCGGCAGGGGUUGAGUUUAUGAGGCGAUAACAAGCUGAUUAGCAGAUUUUUUGUAAGAAUGUAUAAAUUUGUUCUGAAGGAUCACUGUUAUGAACAGAAUAGGAAACUUGUAGAUGUUAUGAUGUACAUAACAGUCUAUCAGUAUGUGAUAACACCAGAUUUUGAAUGGUAUACCACUUCUGUAAUUAUUAGGUUGUUUCUACUAUGUAGAGCAAACAUAAUAUUGAUUGUCGUAAGAUCUCAAGGGAUCUGUUCAUGAACAGAUCACUGUUGUUGAAAUUUGAAUGAUUUAUUGCCUUGUACAUCUUCAAACAGAAGUUAGCCUUUGCUUACUAUAUACAAUAAAUUUAAUCUGAUUUCCAGUGAAGGACAGUGACAAAAUCCAUUUCUAUUUUAAAAUAUUCAGGCCACCGUGUUUUCAAUAUUUCCUCCUAUUUCCUUUAGACAAACAAUGAUACUCAUUAAUGUUGACAAUCUUGACAUUUUCAUCAAGUAAUGUUAAAACCCAAAUGACCCAGAAAAUUCAAAAUUUGGUGAUUGAAAACAAUUAUUCACCACUGUGUUGGAU